AUGUUGUCCAAAAACUAUCCACCUUUCAUGGCACAUGCGCAUCUUGACACCCCUCUGUCUGCCUUGCAGCCCCUGGACUAUGAGAUUUCUGCCUUUCACACCCUGCUGAUCAAAGUGGAAAACGAGGACCCCCUGGUGCCCGAUGUAUCCUAUGGCCCCAGCUCCACUGCAACCGUCCACAUCACCGUCUUGGAUGUCAAUGAGGGCCCAGUCUUCUACCCAGACCCCAUGAUGGUGACCAAGCGGGAGAACAUCUCCGUGGGCAGCGUGUUGCUGACCGUGAAUGCCACGGACCCCGAUUCCCUGCAGCAUCAAACCAUCAGAAUCCCUGGGACUCAGCUCCGGUACCAACCUCCAGCUUACCUCCCAUGAUGCACCAGGCUCUCCAGACUUAAGCAUAUCCCGGAGACGCUCAGCUUGACAGACAUCCUGAGGGCCCCGGUCCACCACCACUUCCCCGCCCUGUCCAUGACCAUCGCCUUGGCUUCCCCACCGUGGGAGACCCCGUCCCUGGUCAAAAUGAGAGAGCUGCUCCCCACCCCUGCCCCAAAACACUCAGGAACCUCUACCAAGCCCUGCUUCUGUGAUGAGCAGUCGCCUCUCGGGCACUGCAAGGGCACUGCUGUUCCACCAGGGAUGUUAAAUCGGCCGAGGCCCCUUGAUCUCUGCAAAGCUAUAACCUGAAGGCAAGAGGCAUCCAGGAUCAGAGAGGAUCGCUCCCUGACAGCCUGCGAUGCGGAGACCCCUUUAACAACCGGUCACACGGAGCUCUUCACCAAAUCAAAAUGGACAGUAGUGGCCGUGGGGCAGACGAAUUCCUUCCAUUUAAUGACUUGUAUCUUCUUAUCCUUACUACAAAGUUGAGAUUGUUUGUGGAGGAAACUUUGGAGAAGGCAGUGAGCAAAGCAGAUGAUAAAGUAUCUGUUAUUCCACCAAGGAAAUCCCCUUUAAUAUCAUGGGAAUAGCACGUUCAAUCACAUUCGAGAAUUCUCUCUUUAAUUGCUGUUCCCUGACAGCACCCUGCCAUCUCGGAGCUGCCUUUUUACUUCCCAGUAUAGAGAGGGCAGCCGCCCAUGUCAAGAAAUAACCAUUAUUUUUCAUCAUUGAAUUGUAUGCUUUUCUGUUACACAGAUCCACUCAUUAUGGAUGCAUUUCCUUCUUGAAUAUUUACAUUGUUCGCAAUUUUUUUAAAAAAGUGAGCAUGUUUGUAGCUACAUUGUUUCAUGCAUCAUUAAUUUUCUGAAGAUCACUGGAAAUACUUCGCUGGAACAAAAGUAUUGAUAUUGUUAAUGCCUCUGGAUGUAUCCAGAAUUCUUUGGUAUUAAGUCUAGGCAGUCACAUUUCUAUUUGGCCUUAUGAUUUCUGAAUUGAUGCCAUGGUUAGAAAGCCCUUUUGUGUGCCAAACUAAUGUACAUACUGGCCUGUCCUAAACAGGACAUGAGAGCUGGCUGUCACACCCUGUCCUCUCGGUGCCUGGUGGUGGUCAGGUGUGCCUCAGCUGUCAGAGUAGGCUGUCCUCCAGGGACACAGGUAGAAAUUGGGCAUCUCCCAGGGACAUGUUAAGAUCCUUCACGAGAGAGACUCAUGCAAGGGAACUUGUUGGCUAAUUAUUAUUUAUUAGGAAGUCCUCUUGAUGAAAAUUAUACAGGAGUGGAAAUGACCACUUCUUCAACCUUAUUCAAGAGGGCAGCGACAUCAGGGCAAACCUUCCACCAGAUCCACCGAUUUGGUUCUGUGGCAGAUGCAGCCAACAGCUAAAAAAUUCAAACACCCUCAGAGGACUUAUUUCAUUGUCUCAAUAAUCAGAGAUUCUGUGGAACCAACCAAGUAGCAAUUCCUAUUCCAAACAUUUUUCAGACAGAACUCAUCUUGCUGGGGUCCGUAGUAAACAAUUCUACAGCAGAGAGACUUCUGCCUACAUGCAGAGUCCAUAAGAUGUGUGUUGAGAAAAAAUGAUGUCCCUAUGCUAUGAAAGCACGUCUAUUUCUCAACGUAUUUUGGAGAGGGUCAUUCAUUGAGGGGGCCCUGUGACUAUGUCAGACACUAUCCAUGGAAAUAAGUUUGGCUGAAUAUAACAGGAAAAUCCUAAAUAACGGUAGUUCAGGGAAGAUGCAACACGACCAGGGUCCCUGUUGCUCGCUACUCUUUCACUUCUAGGCUGGUGCCCUCUUUCCUCACUGUCUUUUGUGGUGCUCUGACCUUCACAUCUGUACUCCGGACAGCAGGAGGGGAAAGGGGAAGAAGAGGAUGCUUCCUGUUAGGGAGAUUUUCUCGAAGUCAACCAUAUCUCUAUAUAAAUCUCGCUGGCCAGAAUUGAUCACAUGACUACACCUAGCUACAAAAGAUGGUGGGAAAUACGGUCACGUAGGUGGGUACCAGUGUGCUAGCUUUUAACUCAGCUUCUUUACCAAGGAAGAAUGGAUAUUGGGCAGUAAC